AUUAUCCUCUUGUGUAACUUUUUAAAACAGACUCACAGUAAUCGGUACCAGUUGGUCGAUUCGUUGAUUUAUUGACUUCUAAAUGCAAUCUGAAGAAAGAUGCGGAUUUUUUAUGAAGGAAAAAAAGCGACAUUGUCGUCAACUUCGUGUCAAGGGUUCAGAUUAUUGUUUUAAUCAUAUCAGCGAAACAUCUUUAGAUAAAGUGGCUUGUCCAUUGGAUCCAACACAUUUCGUCAGUCGUUUGAAUCUUGAACAACACUUGAAAAAGUGUAACGUGAAGCGUAAAGUUAAGGCUGUAUAUGAUGUAACUGGAAUCAAUUCAGCUAGCUUAGGUACUAAUAAACUUGUUCCAAAGAUCUCGCUAGCUAGUGCCUCUGCAGUUACGGUGUUACGUUUGAUAGCACGUUUAGAAGAAUUAAAUACAGAGUUGAACCUUAUUGAUCAAAUAGAAAAUCUGUCAACCGGUGAUAUUCAUCCUCUUAUUUCAUUCACCAUAAAUAAUCAUCGUCAUUGGUGUACAAAUGGAUUCCCUGGAUUGAAUGAAAUCCCAGUUCUUCUACAGUCAUCAUUGAAUAUUAAUGAAGAUAAAGUUGGUCAAGAUACAAAUAUUUCAGAUGAUAACUUCUCAGUAAAUACAGAACAUGUGGUCCGUGGAUCAAUGCGUCAUAUUUAUCAGAAUGGGCGUUUGAUUCGAGUUUUAGAAAAACAAAAUCUUCUUACUACUGGUAGUUUAUAUCUUGAAUUUGGUGCUGGUCGUGCUGGAUUAUCUCAUUGGAUUAACAAUUGUUUAGCAUCUUCUGAAUUGGGCUCUCGUUGCUAUGAUCGGUUUCCAGGUAUAUGGCCAGUAAAAGCACCUGAAACGAAUUUUGCAGUUAUAGAACUCAAUUCCGUUCGUGAUAAGAUGGAUAAACGUCAACGUGAUGAAGGAAAUUUUACACGUAUUAGAAUAGACAUAGCAAAUUUGGAUCUUACUCGUGUUCCAUUGAUACAAGAGAAUAAAAGACCAUUAAUUGCUGUUGCUAAACAUUUAUGCGGUGAUGCGACAGAAAUACAAUUUAUUAUCGAUGUAUGA